GUGAAACGAUGUGCCGAGAAUGAAAGCAAGGCGCUGCCAAAGGAGAAGUCUGCGCUGACCUCGAUGAACCAGGCUGGCAAUUGGCUGGCAGGUCAGACUAGGACGGCACGGAGCCUCCUCCAGAGCCUCACGGAUGCGGAGACCAGCUACCCGAGAAUGAUCAGUUGUGUGGCAGCCGGGCGUAAGAUGACAGUGAAAGUGCCAGCUGGAGUUCUCGACACGGGUUUGAAGUCAAGUCGGAACAUGAGAGUGACCCUGAUAUACCACAACAACACGAAUUACGUCCAGGUGUUGACCGGAGCAGCUAUCGAGGACUCGAUGAUCCGUCAGAUGAGUGAGCCGGAGAGGAAUUAUUUCGAGACGACCGUCCAUAACCCGUCCUGCAACAUGGAGAUGCCGACUGGAAGCGAACACCUGACAAAGAUAUUGCGUUUUCCCCCGUAUGAGGACAAGGGCAAGGGCACGGAGGCGGGCAGUUCGACCAAGCAGGAGGAGUCGAGGGAGGAUGCGGAGUUCAUCAAGAUCGAGCUGCCAGAUUUUCCCAAGGAGGACCUGGCGUACCAGGAGGCGCUAUCAACCACGGCGUUGUCAGUCAUCGAGCAGAUGUCCAACUAUCCCGAUCAGCGCGAUGCGCUGCUGCGGGUGAUGAAGAACAACUUUGGCCUCGAGAUGACGGCCUUGGAGGCGGAGCGCCAGGACUCCUACGACCGUGAGCAGAAGGUGCCCGCUAG